CGCCGUUUCUUUGAUUCUGUUGUUUUUGCGCGUUUCUUUACCGUUUUUUCCUUUUCCGCGUUGCUCUUCGUCGCGUUGGCGUUUAUGUUGCUGUAAGUUCCUCGUUUUCAGGUUUAUGUUUGAAAUUUUCGUGCGGUUGCACUCAAUCACCUUCAGUGUUUGGCUCUUUCCGACUUGCUGAGACAUCGUAGACUAUUGAUGGAGUGGUUUUUGUGAUUAAUUCUGGAUUUUCGAAACAAUAAGCUUUCUAUAUGUCUGUUUACGACACCUCGCUUCUGAAUCAGUUUCUACCGCAGUACUACAAAAAGAUCUUUCCGUUUAAGCCUUACGUGAAAUGGCUAUGCUACAAUCAGAAAUCUAGCGACUAUUUUGCCCGACGUGAAUUUGCUUUCAUCUUGGAAGGAGAUGUCCAUCUUCGAUACCGCAGUUUUAAUGAUCAGAAUGAAUUUGAGACGGAGCUAUGUAAGGUUAACCCACACAAGCUUGACAUAGGAGCAGUCUACACUCACAGACCUAAAGACAAUAGAAAACAUUCUGACUUCAAAGCAGUAGAGAGGGAGCUUGUGUUUGAUAUCGAUCUCACAGACUAUGAUAAUGUCAGAAAGUGCUGCUCAGAAGCAAAAGUUUGUGAGAAAUGUUGGCGAUUUGUAUCGCUCGCAGUUCAGGUGCUGGAUCGGUUAUUAGAUGAGCAUUUUGGAUUCAAAGCGCGUAUGUGGGUAUUCUCUGGCCGUCGUGGUGUUCAUUGUUGGAUUGGGGAUGAUAAAGCAAGGAAAUUAACAAACAUAGGACGAUCUGCUGUGGCUGAAUAUCUUUCGCUUAUUGUGGGUGAUAAACUUGAUAUGUUUGGAGGCAGAUCUUCGAAGAAACAGCAACCCAUCCAUCCAAUGGUCGUCAAAAAUGCGUACUUGAUGUAAAGGCGGUAUACACUACUUACCUCAACCUGUAAUUAAUAUUUUUUCAACUUGUACUUCCUCCCCAUCUCUCUGGAGUUGGGAAAAUGACUGAAGAAAGUAUUGGUAAAACUGAUUGAUUUUAAUUAUCACUACUCGUGCUGAAAUCUUAUAUCGUGAGGGUUAUUUAUCAUGCUGAUUCCAAAAUGGUACUCAUUUUGCUUGAUAGCCGUUCAUCGAUUCCCCAUAGCUAAGUUUGGAGUUAUUUGAUGUGUCUAAAUAAAUGUCUUAUCUCUUC